UGGUCUCUCUCCCUGCAUAGGAAGGUAAGUUGGGAGGACGCUGCCUUUUGCACCAUCAUGUACCCUGUGCCCUGGAGCGGUGGCGACCGGAGGCCGGGAUUCUACGGCAGCAGCUCGGUGCUGCUGAGAAACGCCAACGUUGUGCCCAUUCCAGCUGGAGCUCCGAGUCCCGGGCCCGGACAAGGACUCUUUGAGGAUCUGCACUUCCCUGCUGACAACUCCUCUCUGCAUGGCCGCGGGCGUACUGCUCGCUUCAACACUCUCAUCUCAGGCUGGAAGAGGCCACAGGAAAUCUGCGGCAGUCCUCAGUUUGUUGUUGAUGGGACCACCAGGACGGACAUCUGCCAGGGAGCAUUGGGUGACUGCUGGUUCUUGUCCGUCAUUGCUUGCCUCAGCCUCAACAAAGAUGUGAUGAAGCAGGUGAUCCCCCCAAACCAGGGAUUCGGGACAGGCUACUCGGGGUAUUUCCGCUUCAAGUUCUGGCAGUACGGGCAGUGGGUGGAGGUGAUAGUCGACGACCGGCUGCCCACCGUUGACACCAAGUUGGCCUUUCUCUACAGCAAGGACAACAAUGAGUUCUGGAGCCCGCUCCUGGAGAAAGCUUAUGCCAAGCUGAAGGGCUGCUACGAGUCCCUGUACAUCGGUUUCCCUCUGGAGGCCAUGGUUGAUCUCACGGGGGGAGUGCCAGAGUUGUUUCAGAUCGACGAGAUGCCCAAGAACCUUUGGAAGUUCCUGAAGAAACUCCUGGACAAAGGCUCCAUCAUCUGCUGUGCUAAGCCGGGUCCCGUGGGGGUAUUGAGUGAACGAGGCAUCAUCUCUGGGCAUGCGUACUCGGUGACAGGUGUUGACCAGGUUCAACAGCGGGCAGACCGUGUGGAGCUGGUGCGGGUCCGAAACCCCUGGGGUAGAGUGGAGUGGAAUGGAGCCUGGAGUGACGGGUCCACAGAGUGGAGCACGGUCUCAGACAAACACCGUCCACAGACCGUACACCUGGAGGAUGGAGAGUUUUGGAUGUCCGUUGAAGACUUCAAGAGUAACUUUGGCUCUGUGGAGAUCUGCCACGUGAGCCUGGAGCAGCUCUCCAAUGCCGAGGGGAAGCUGAAGCCCUGGGUACAGAUGGUUUAUGAGGGUCGCUGGGUUCGAGGCUUCUCGGCUGGAGGCAACCUACGCCACAAAGACAAGUACUACUGGAUGAACCCGCAGUUCAAACUCACCCUGUACGAGGAGGACGAUGACCCCGAUGACUCCGCGGUGAGCUGCACCUUCCUAGUGGCCCUGGCGCAGAAGCAUAGGCGGAGGAUGCAGCUGGCGGGAGCCGGCUUCCUGUUCAUCGGCUUUGACGUCUUCCAGGGAGACCCAGCCAGAGCCUACUUGACGCAGGAGGAUCUGCGGGCAGCAGUGCCGGUGCUGUCCACCAAGGAGCACAAGGACAGCAGUGAAGUGUCCCUGCGCGGCUGCCUCCCCCCGGGCCACUACUUCAUCGUCCCGUCCACCGUCAACCCCAACGAGGAGGGCGAGUUCCUCCUGCGAGUCUUCACCGAGAAGGGGAACCGGGCUGCACCGGUGGAGAGGAAUAUGCUGGCAACCGACAGCCCACAGGUUGUGCCUGACCUUGCCUACUGUCCACUCCCCUCUGCUGAAGAUUCCAGGGACCUGUUUGACAAGUAUUGUGGGCCGGACGAGGCCAUAUCAGCGUUGGAGCUGCAGAAACUCCUGCGGGAGAUAUUGCAGAAAACCGCUCUCAGUGAGAAGUGGGAUCACUUUGGCCUGGAUGCCUGCAAGAGCCUCAUUACCCUGACAGAUAUCAAUGGGUUUGGAAAAAUGAGAUUUGAGGGAUUCAGUAACCUCUGGAGCAAAAUCUGCCAUUGGACACAAGUCUUCAGUCGGUUCGAUAAGAAUGGAUCAGGGACCAUGGACAGUCAAGAGAUGUUCACAGCCAUCCAGGCAGCAGGAUUCCAGGUGGAUGAGUUCUUGAUGCAGCUUGUUGGCUUGAGGUACGCGGACCCUGAUCUCACCCUCAGUUACGUGAACUUUAUUUGCUGCCUGACCAAGCUCGACACCAUGAUCCGUGAGUAAUUUGUACUUUCCCUUCUUAUCCAACAUAGACUGGGAGCCUCCAAGACCCUAACAUGGACUGGUGGCAACAAUCCAAAGUCACCUGAGCCGCUGUUAUAUUGUCUUGUGUAUCAGUUUAAAGAAGAAUGGUGAAUUACUUCUUAAAAAUACCAAUAAUACCUGGGUUAGACACUUUGUAUCAAAGAUCCUACAGCGAGCAAGAUCGUCCACUCGACGAAAAAGACGUGGUACGGUCAUGGGCAGAUUCGCGGGUAAUUUUCGGGCCCCAUUUCCGUAACCGACUUCCGUCUCCGCACCAAAGAUCCCGUAGCGGAGCAAAGAUACUAGUGCGGAGACGGAAGCCGGUUACGGAAACAUCCUCGUAAAAAUCAAAGUUCUUUGGUAAAAAUCUUCCCCUCAUUUUCAGAAUUAUAAUUUAUUAACACAAACUGUUCCCCCGCAACGUUGAUUACACUGCGGGUCGGGUCGGGUUACUGAAAUGGAUGAAAAAAAGGCCCGUUGCGUACUACACGUCAGCAUAU